AUGACCUAUCCGUAAGCUUUUGUAGAUACAGAUCAGUAGUUUGAGAUGCAGAGCACAUGACUCUUUUUCCCAUGGACAGUUAAAACUGUUAUUAUCUAAGAAAAUAGUCAGAUACCAAUUAAAGCCAAAAAAGAGGACUGUAUGAAAUGUAUUCAUUAUAUAUCUUAUUGUGUUUUUUGCUGGAUAUGAAAAGAAAGAGCUCCGAAACGGCAGAGCUGAUCCAUUCAACUGUUAAGGACCAUCUGGGGCAAUAAAGACUGAUCCUCUCCUAUCCAUCCUCCAGUCAUCUAUUCACACAACGGCCUGGUGCUAGGGUUGGCUCUGAAUAUGGAAUACAUGCUGUCUCUGAACUUCACCAACUCGUCCCCUGACAGUUACCCUGAAGAGGAAUAUGACAAUGGAAUUGAACGCUGGAGACAAACACUGGUCAUAACAUGUUUCAGCAUAACAUUCCUUUUGGGAACAGUGGGCAAUGGACUGGUUAUAUGGAUCGCCGGAUUCCGAAUGAAAAAGACAGUUUAUUCCUUCUGGUUUCUUAACCUCAGCAUUGCUGACUUUUCUUUCUGUCUUUUUCUUCCUCUACACAUACUUGAUUGGGCAAUGGAUGGCCACUGGCCCUUAGGGCAAGUAAUUUGCAAAGUCAUGUUUACUAGCCUUUUCCUAAACAUGUCCGUCAGUAUCUUUUUCUUAAUGGCCAUCAGUGUGGAUCGUUGCAUCUCUGUUCUGUGCCCUGUAUGGUCGAAAAAUCAUAGAUCUGUAAAGUUAGCUAGGAACAUCUCAGUGAUAAUCUGGCUCUCGUGCUUGGCCCUCAGCUCUCCUUAUGUUGCUUUUUAUGAUGUUGAGCAUUACGCAGACAAUAAUAUUACUUAUUGUACAGUCACGUAUGCAGCCUGGGAUUACCAGACAUGGUUUCUAAGGCACAAAGCUAUGUAUAUCACCAGAUUUAUAUCAAUGUUCCUGAUCCCAUUUUCAGUCAUCCUUGUUUGCUAUGGGCUCAUUGCAUUCUGGAUUAGAAGAAGCAGCAAACACCUUGGGUCUAGUCGAACAUUUAAGAUUAUAGUUACAGUUGUCCUUUGCUUCUUUUCCUGCUGGUUUCUUUACCAUUUGUGGCCUCUCCUUGAAUUGAUGGAGGUUGACAUGAACUGGCCCUUUUAUAUUAUAAUGUAUGAUCUUGCCCACUGCUUGGCUUACUUUAACUGCUGUCUCAACCCAAUUAUUUAUGUCUUUGCUGCCAGAGAAUUUAAAAGAUCAUUAAGGAAGUCAAUUCCAUUUCUUCUGGAAAGCACAUUCAGAGAGAGAGGUGAACCUCUUGAAACACAAGAUGACACUGUAGGAACUGAACUGAUGACAUACCAUGCAUGAAAACUCCAUGUCAGUUAUACAAAAGUGGUUCGGCUGAAUUUGAUUUCUAAUACAUAUAGAUGUAUGUAGUGUUAUCCCUAAACUAUAUAUUAGGAUACUCCAGAUCAUUAUUAAAUAAGAUGUAUUUUAUUUAGAGUUGUAAAGCUUAAAGACAGUGUGUAUGGAUUAACAGCUCAGUAGUUGGCUUUAUGUAUUAAGUAUAUUUAUCAAUGUGUAUUUCAGAAAAUGGACACACCCAGCAAAUAUCAAUACCUUAUCCCAAACGAGUACAAUGGGUCCCAAGUAGCACUAGCAGCCCAAAUACCUCUCCCUCCGGAUUCAGUAAUGGCUUGUGGCAGGCAUAAAAAAAUCUGGGUCACUAAUGGAAUAUUGCUGGAUCCUUUCUUUUUCCACCCUCCCCUGGCAUCACUCACCCUCAGGAUUUACUCAGAUGGGCAGGCUCACCUAGAGCUGGAGCAGGCAUCCACAGUGAUGAAUCCAUUCCAUGAACAUAUGCAGCUUGUGUUAUCCUUCAGACAUAGCUCCCAGCACUGUCUAUAGCGCAAGCACACUGUUGCUGAAUCCAUAGCUGAACUGUAGCUCCCAGCACUGUAUAUAGUGCAAACAUUUCACAUUCAGUUGGGAAAAUCCAGAGCUCUAGACCCUCUUGAUCGAGCUCCUACGCAUGGGGUCGCCACCCCCAGCCAUCCCAUAGUUGCAGCUGAACUCACUACUCCUUAGUGAAGUACAAUCAGCAGAAAUCCUCCAGCAGUAAUGGCUGACUGAGCACAUGGUAAUCUCCUUUUAUAGGGCACAGCAGCGACACCUUGAAGCUGCUUUUGGGAUCAGCCAUGCUGCACCAAUCCAAGGGCUCUGUCCCUGGGAAACCCCAUAUCUCAGCCAUACAGGGGAUUUCCAGACCAUGAGGUCUCAGACCGUAGGGGAUUAACACUACGGGUCCCUACAGGUAUGAAAAAAAAAUCCCUAUAAAUCUUCUAAUUAAAUUAUAUACAGUAUCAAUAAAUAUCAAUAUACAAUGGACAAUGGAGGCCUCAGUGACAUAUUUGUUUGUUUUACUAAGUUUAAGAAUCUGUGAUAAUCACUUAGGCAUCUGCCUUUCUAUAACCUCUUUCUAUACUCCCUACUCCUGCUAUCAAAGACAAGACGGGACACAUUUUAGAACCGUUUUAUUUUUAUGUAGGGAAAAUUAGUGAUUCACUGAUUACGAAUAUAAUACAGGGCAUUGAAGCUUUUCUGCUAAAUAUCAGUUAAUCACUGAUCUGUUUUAUCUCGAUGUGUGUGUCCAGUCUCAAUCACUCAACAGAACCCAAAAGAACCCUUCUCAAUAUAGUUUAUCAAUAAUGUGCAUUCAAAUUACAAGUUGUUAAACCUGGACAAUUUUAAUA